AUGGACACAGAUAAUGAGAAUGGCCAGUCUGGCCGCUUGCUUGAUGCCCUUGAGCACUUGGAAGCUGUUGCUUCUGUGCCGGUCAAGCAAAGGUACACUGAUGCUGGCCAGCUGGCUAAGACAAUUGCAUCAGACGCGUACGAGAAUGGCAUUCCACAAGACGCGCUGGGCCGUUUGCUGAAAGUACUCACGGCAAAGAACCACCUGGAUCAGGGAACGACCACAACUUUGGUCAAGAACCUGUAUCCGCAAGAGCGAGUCGCCUCGAAGCAUGUCACGCAAGUCGUGUGCUGCUUGGGACCUAGCAAAUCCAAGCCCAGCCCUGCCACGCAGGCCUUGCUUGUUCGCUGGCUAAUCAUGACCUAUGAUCUUCUCGAGGACCGGACACACCUCGGCAAGCUUUAUGCAGUACUUUUCAAUCAUCUGGACAUGAUCAGCCUGCGGAAGCCACUUUGUCACCUACUUUCCCUGAUCACUCGACGAAAGCACGUCAAGCCAUUCCGCAUUCAGGCUCUGAUGGAGUUGAUCCAGACUGCGGGCGGGGAAGAGAAAGAACUCAUGAGCUUGCUCAAGGUUUUCAAGAAUUACUAUCCCGAAAUUAUUAUCGGAGAUCUUGGUGGCUCGAGAAGGAUGGCUCUGUUUUUCAAACACCCCGACCCGGAAUGGUCGACCCAUGCAAAGUUACUCCAAGACCAGAAUCUCGAGAGGGUGCAAGCAGCGCAGCAGUCAAACUAUCAAGUCUUGCAUCGGGGCAUGGUGAAACGAAGCAGGAUCGAAGUGGUCAUUCCGGUGUUGCAAACCUCUCGAGUGUCGAACAAGCACACCUCUCUUGAAGAGAUCCGUGACAUUGAGCAUUUUGUUGACAAGCUUGACACAAUUGAGCUGCCGAAUCAGAUCAUCUCGACUCUUGGCGAUGCUAUGGCUCAGAAAUACCUUCAUCUGGUUCAGUCUGAGGCUGCGAACGAUCGUCUAGAUGAGUGGCUCAAGAGUUUUUUGGCGGAUAAGUUGGAGCAAAUUCGUGAAGAUGAUGAGGAUGAGCCAGAAAUUUUGUCCUAUGUCCUGGGUUUCCUUGAAGGAUACACGUCGUUCACCAAGGAGCUUUUACCAUCCGUUCGAGCUUUCCUGGAGUCAUAUCUCUCAGUAUGGAAUGGCCGGGACAACCGCGAGCAAGUUCUUCGACUUCUUCAGUAUCUUCCAAUUGAACCUUACGAGGCACUCCGAGAAGCGAUUUUCGCCCCACUGGAGCAUGCCAUGUUAGACAGUGCUGUCAGCUCUAGGAUAGAGCUGCUGAACUUCUACUCUGCAUUGAUCACAGAAUGGGGUGUCAGAAUUCGAACGCAGCGAUCGGUCUCAGAAGAAUCCUUCCCCUCGAGCAAAAUCAUUGAACAUGCAGAGCUCUUAGCGUCGUCCAUUCAAGAGCUUGUACCAACUCCUGCUACUGGCGAUAGAAGGGACACACCGAUCGUUUUGUCGGUCCUCCAGUUCUACAAGUCCCUUGCGGGCUUGUUUUCUCACGCAGCAGGCAACGCUAAUAUUCGACUAACCGUCCCUAUGGCUCCGACGGUAUAUUCCAUCGCCUUCACACCAACCGUUUCUGUUAUCUCAGGGCUCAACUCAAUCCUGGCUGGUUAUAAGUCUUCUUUCGAAGCCUCUCUAGCAUCCGACGUCAUCAAGCCACCCGACGCUUCCGAGCCACUGUAUAGGAUAGAGCUGGUCAACCAAUUCAAUGGCUACGUUAUGGACAUGUGCAACCUGGUCUGGCGCAACCGCGCUCUGAACACAGAGGACCCCAAUGCGCAGGGGUGCUUGAUGCCGGCAUCAGGCACCGCUGCUCUCACAGCGUACGUCCGCAAUGUGAAUGAGACUGCUCGGCACUAUGAUCGCGAAAGCGCUUUCCACGCUACUCUGGCUUCCAUAUUUUCGCUAAGCCACCACGCCGCAUUUGCCAAUCUGUCAGCUGCAUGCUUUGCUGAAAUAGAGGAAAGCCAAAAUGUCGCAGAUGAUCGCCCGAAGCUGAGGAAACCAGCCACCCAAAAGGCAUUACAAGCCCUUGAAAAGGAUGGUGGUGCUAAAAUCACUUGGCAGGAGUAUCGGGUUCACAUGCUCGACUGGUUGGAGGCAGUGGGAAGCCGGGGAACUAGCGAUUUGAUGAGGAGUACCAUGAAGGCUUUACGGAAGGAAUGA